GUAACCGCAGAUUAUUUUCGCCGCGUAAUGGAAGGUCUUCAAAAUGGACGAUAAACGGAAAUCAUUACUCUCUUUAGGCGUGGGGUGUCUCCUAUUCUCAUGCUCUAUAUGGUGUGUUGCUGGAGAUGUACCAGACGGCCGCGUUUUCACGGAUCUCAACAAAGCCAUCAAAAAAGGGGACGAUAUCGUUCUAAAAUGUGAGUUUUACCGAGUGCCCGUUGCUGUCUACUGGAAGAAAGGCGAUGAACUCGAAACUGCGGACAAUCUUUUCACCUGGGUAAAUAUGGAAGGGACGAGAAAAACAACCGGACUAUGUACCCAGGACAGCCGGUGUGACAUGGCUUCGAACUAUUCACUGACCAUCAGAGAUGCCCGGAUAGAAGAUGAAGGUCGAUACAUAUGCCGGGUAUCGAACUACCUUGGUAUCCUGAUGUACAACCAAACCGAUGUGAAGAUCUAUGCUCCACCACAAGAACCAUUUCCAACUAUCAACCAGUGUACUGAUACAGUAUCACCUGGCCUAAAUACAACAGAGCCAUCAUGUCGUGUCCUGACUAAUACAACCAUCGUCUUAACUUGCUCAGUGACGAAUUACUAUCCACAGAUAGACCUUUUCUUCUUGCAUGGUUCUCAGAAGAUGAAUGCUGUUGCCAAGGAAUGGGGUAAUGAUGACGGGACGAAAAAUAAGUCUAUUUCCAUUGAAGCCCAACCAAGUCAAACUCAAUACAUUUGUGUUGCUUCUAAUAUUCCUGGGACAGGAGAACAGCAAGCCGCAACGAUCUUCGUGGAGUCAUCGACUGGAAUGCCCUCGGUUACAGGAACGAGUAGAGCAUUCACAACUGUUGAUAUUACGAAAGAAGAAAGAACUGGUAACCGUGCAGCUAAAAUUGUUGUUCCACUGUUCGUCCUUAUUCUUCUUGGAGCGAUUGCAGUGUUUCUUCGGUUGAAACGUCUUGCGUGUUUUCGGCAGAACACUUUUGAUGGCACGACAACAACGGAUCGUACUAUCGCGAGAAAUGAUGGCCAGGAAAGUAUCCCUAUGAUUGAACAAGCACAUAUUGAUGGUGAAAUAUCCUUCUACGAACUCUGGUCACUCGCGUAUGACACAUCGAUCAGUGAUAUGAAGAAAUUACAUCAGGCCCUUCUUAAUCUUGGUAUUAAGGAUGCAACAGAAGAGAUGAGGGCACCUGAAGUAUACAAUCUUCUCUGCAAAUGGAAAGAUGAACAUAGAAGCGAUAAACAUGCCAACAAACUUCAAUCAGCGUUGCAAAAUGCAAAUUUUGGGACGCGAUGGCAGAAUCUAUGUGAGCAGCGAAAACAAACGGAUAAAAAAGUUCCACAGGCAACCGUAGAACAGAUAAUAACAGACAUUGUAGAUCCCCAGAAAAUUCAACAACUUCUUCGUAAGCUUUACGCUGGUGGAGCUGAUUUACCUAAUUUACAUGGAAAUGUAAAAGACCAAAAUGAAGCAAUAAAGUUGUUCAUGGAAUGGCGAUGCAGCCGUUUCGUUGAAAACCCGAAUGCUGUCCUAAGCCUUGCUUUAGCUAAGUCUGGAUGCUCAGAUAUCAGCAGGAACUUUUUCGCCGGAAUGAUAUCGUUUCCCGAACUUUGGAAAUUGAGCCGGAUGAUGGUUCAACAUGGGUGUGGUGCACAGGCUAUAUUUGACAACCUUAGUUUGGAAGCAGGAGAUAGGCUGACAGAAGAAGAGAUAUAUGUUGUUCUGUGUGAUUGGAAAAGGCAAAGCACAACGGUUCAUCAAGGAAAGCUAUUACUUGAUGCACUAACGAAGGCUAAUUUCAAGGAAGCAUGGAAAGAUAUAAUGGAACUCAGAGAAAUGGGGAGAACAAAUGUCUUAGAGGACACAAUCGAACAUAUCCUAUGGCAAAUAAAAGAUCCUGGCAAACUUGGACGCUUCAUACAGAAGGUAACUGGCAAAAUCUCAUCUGAUGGUGACUCACAAAUAAUUCAUCACAGCGACAUCAAGGAGGCAAUGAAACAUGUAGUAGAAUGGAAACAACAAGAUCUUGAUGAGAACCCAAUUAUCUUGCUAAGUCAUGCUCUGGAGAAGACUGAAUGUAGACCAAUAGACAGAUUAUUUUUCAAAGUGCCACAUCACCACAUAGUUGACCUCAUCGACAGUGAGAUUGAAGGGUUUACCGACAGGUUGACGAGUCGACACGUUAAAUCUUUGUUGCAGUGUGUAGAUAUCGACUUGAAAGAGGACGCAAUAGUUACUGCAAAUAAAGCCACCCUGUUCGAAACGGAGGCGAUGGUAAAUGACUGGAUCAGACAAGCGGCAUGCAGCAAUUACGAAAAAAAGUUGAAGCUUCGUGAGGCAUUAGACAGCAUUGGUCGACAAGACAUAAAAGAUGAGCUGUGGAAAGACCUUAACCCUGGCAGAGACCUGGGAAUUCAACAUGGAAGAAGAUCAUCUGGCCAUUUAAAACAUGUAAAAGUUAACACCGUGAAGACUCCGGAUAAUCUGCUCAGUGACUCCAUCAAUGACGAGGUUCUUAGAAUCGCUGCCUGCCUUCCCACAUAUAAGCAUGACAAAGUCAAACGAGCUUUCGGAGGAGACCAAGAAGGUGGUACUUAUGCGGAUGUGAUAGGAGCGUAUGCUCGAGGUUGGAUGACAAAGCAUCCGAAAGAGAACGUUGAGAAUAAACUCCGUGAAAAGCUGAAAUCAGCAAAAGUUAUGGACCUUCUCACCACGAGGUCGAACAACGUAGGUCUAUGCGAGUUACUUGACAUUGCCUUCCGCCUACUCCUCGAAGAUGUGUAUCCGCUAGCGAAGGCUCUUGAUAUUUCUGACGAGACAUUAACAAAAUACAGAGUCCAGUACGCACCUGACCAUCUCACUAAGGGAACUACUGCUGUAUUAAUAAAACUUCAUGACUUCAUCAAAGGAGAUAGGAAGAAAUUAAGGGAAGUUCUUUCAAAGAUUGGAUACAAGGACAUAGCCGUAUUAAUUGGAUGUGGUCAUGAAACAUCUCUAGCUGAUGCAUUUGCACUAUUUAAGAAAUCAAAGGAUUAUCAAGAAGCUCUAAAUAGAAUUUCUAAGAACUUAGGAAUGGGCCAAAGGAGCAGUGUGAUUACCAUAAUAAGAGAUUGGAAGUUCAUGGUCCAUCCACCAACUUACAAUUCAAGAACAUCUCUUGCUGAUGCAAUCUAUCCCGUCCAAGGUAAAGACAUAGCUGAUGGAAUCCUCUUCGGGACUUACCUUGGAGAUUGCAGUAAGAACGCAGCUGUCUUUCAGGAGUUAAUCAAUAAUAUAGAGUCUUUCGAGCCAUCAUUGGUCAGGAAGAUCCUCGAAGUUAGAGAGCCAAAGAAGUUGCCUGAUCAAGCGCUCCAAACCGAUAAUGAAGUUGCAAUCCCGGAAGAUGACAGCCAGCGAACAGUUGAUACAGACAGGGCUAAAGAGAUAUCGAUUGAUUCUUCAACAGAUCCUACAUCAGAGCACAUUAAGCUUAAUAGUGGUAAAGAGACAGAAUCGGAUCGUACAGAUGAUGUCGCCCAGUACAAAUUAGCGGUCACAAUGAAAUUAGCUCAGAUUCUUGAUAUACCGACGACAAAGUUAUGGGAAACCCAAGAUAUCUCUCUCAUGCAUGUCCUCGAGACCUGGGAAGAAAUGUUCAGAAAAAAUCCUAUGGCAAGGGAUGAAGAGAUAGAGCUGAGUAACAGACUCCUAAAGGCUGGGUUCAAGGAACUAGCAUUGGAAAUAAUUAUCGGUUUCACACCGAGGUCCAAGAAGCAAAGAGAGAAAGACAAAGCAAACUCCCUUAAUGGACCGCAUGGUCAAAGCUUACAUCGCGACCAUCAAAACACAUCCAAGCUAAAGGUCGAUGAGGACCAUAAAGACAUCGGACGCAAUAACAGCGAUCAAGACACAUCAGCAGGUGUUAUGUCAAAAUCACACCAGGAAGACCAUGCAGAUCACGACGGAAAAAAUUAAAACCUGUGGUUAUUGUUUGUACCCCCCCCAGAAAAAACGUGAAUGUCACUAUUGAAUUUCAUUGGUAGAUUAUUUUAAUUCAUGUUCCACGAAAGGGUAGUGGUGUGAAAGAUAUAAUCUUUAAAAAUAUGUGUUUUUGUUGGGUAAAAUUUACCGAUUUUGCAUCAUUCAGAGUUUAGUUCGAGUGGAUGCCCGAUCAGAAAAGAACAUCUACGUAUAUUUUUUUCUUGUUCAUAUAAAAAACCUUCUCAAGCAUAAAAUACGUUGAAAAUUGAGCAGCUUUCUAAUAUCAAAUUACUAGGUAUGUAAGGUAAGUGAUCAAACGCCAUUAACAAAUAAAAAUCAAAUCAUAGCCUAUAGAGGGUGCUAGACUUAAAUUCAAAUCCUAACGGCCGGAAAAUGCCAAAUUGAAAUUCUGUUUAGUAAGAAAAUGCAUUCAUUGACUACUGCGCCAUGGUAUUAUUCCCCAUUUUUCGCUGUUGCAACGCAGAUGGACUUUACGACGGUAUAUUGAUUUUGGAAGGGACUUUUGGGCCCGUCGUCAUGGUCGUAAAACACUGUUCUGCAAUGUAAGUUGUGUGACAUGAUAAUUUUUUUCGUUCCGCAUCUGCAACGGAAAACAUUCAAUCUGCGUUUCGUGUGCAAAAUUAUGGUUGCUACUAUGGUAACAGCGAUAAAUCCGAUUUAGGACGACUUUCCAGAGCCAAAUUUGGUACCUCCCAGAGCUCAAGAGGCCGCCCGGGGGGCAACUUCCACUGACGAGUUGAUAUCAGCCGCGACCACGCGUAAAAAAGGGAAAGAGUGGGCAGGUACCUACGUAUAGGCCUAUAUGUAACGUUAUAAGGGUGUCAAAACGAUGUUUAAAAUACUGAAAAGGGGAUAUAAUACUUGUAGGGUUUCACAAGCCAAAUACUUGUUAAGAGAUGCAUUUUCAUAAUCUGGAAAAGACUUGCUUCCCUGUUUAUGGUGCUUUUCGAAAUCCCAUGGUCGCGCCUGGUAUCCACUCGUCAAUGGAAGUGGUCCCCCGAAAAUUUGAGUCUAAUCCCCCAUUUGGGGGGAAAGUAAAACAUAAUGCCCAUAGAGGCAUAUCGUUUGUGUAGAAGGAGCAAGGAAAAGAAAAAACCGCAAAGUCGGAUGGUUUUCAGACCGAUAGGCCUAUUGCAUACGCUGUGUACAUAUCAACACAUGCGAAAUGGUUUAGCUGGAUAUGACCAUGGAAUCAAUUGCCAGAGAUCCACCGAUAAUCCACAUUAGAUGCAACAUCGAUUCGAUGGACUGUAUUGAUUUAUAUCUAAGUUUGAAUUCAGUAAGUUUCUCCUCACUCAAUAUGUACUCGAUUUGUUUGAAAAACUACUUUCUUUAAUAUCCAUGUCAUAAUAUACGAUUCGCAUGUCUCCAGCCAGCUGGAGUCAUGAUAGUCAUGAUAGUACAGCCCUGCCACGAGCUCAGGCGGGCGUAUGCUAUGAUGACCAGUCGUACAUGCAUGAAAGCGGGAUUUUGACAAUUUGGAAUGGCAUGCUGGUAUCGCAUGAAAGAAUUUUGCACACGAAAAGCAGAUUUAUAGGGCCUGUAAUAUAAAGCUCAGCAAUUAUUGUGGAACACUUUCUACGUUGGAUUCUAUUGACUAUGAUGUACAAUCAAUCUUGAAAAUCGAGUCUGUGAUUAAUCGUUAAAUUUUGUGUUACCGGAUCCUAAUGUCGCGUUCCAGAGGUUUGCGAAAACUCGCUAUUAUUGGGGGACAAGAAACGUAGAGAAAAUUGCAUCGGAAACUUGUAAACGUAGUGGUGAGUGUUGGCAACAUUUAGAAUCACUAAUAAAAGCAGGGCUCCCGACAUUUUGAGCUGUACAUGAUCUAAUGAUCAAACCAGAAAUUAAAUUGUAUAGUAAAAAUUUACAGUAAGUAUAAGAGAAUAAAGAGAACCGAAGCGACAUCAACAACAAAGACUCCUGAGUCAAGUAUUAUCAUCGAUUAGUCACAGUAGAACCGACCUCUUUAUUGUCCAGAUAUGCUUGUCAGUAUGUUCACAGACGUAUUAUAUGAAUAUGUAAACAUGAGUGUCGAUCUAUUUUUAAAGGAAAUGUGAAUUGUUUUAGAACAUAUUUUCCAUAACGCACGCUAAGCAUUGCUACCUAGUUUUGAAGAGCCAUUCUUAUUCUAUCAAAAGGUUUGGUUCAUCUUUAGAACGGCAUUGUAAUGAAAAUUAUAUUUCUCUAGUAUUAAUCGGAGUAUCGGUCUAUUGAUAAAAUUGAUAUGGAAUGUUAAUAUUUAUUAUGAUUAAUUAUAAACAGCUAUUUGUCACU